AUGGCUUGUUCUGUUCUCGCCGACCUCGUGAUUGUUUUUCACGCACUUUUCCUCAUCUCAUUUUCUCCAAAGUUAGACCAACUUAUACACUUCAAACCCCUUACAAAAAUACAUCUUGAAAAAAAAAAAAGUCCAGGUCAACUGCUAUCCGCCAUGGCGCGCUUCCGCGUGCCCUUCUCCUCCCUGCCGGUGCCGGCCUUUCUGAACGGCAUACCCGCGCCAACAAUACGCAUCAUCUCGCUCCUCGUGAUAAUCAACGUCGCAGUAUGGAUCGUGGCGGGAGUAAUCCUUCACUUCCACCCGGCUCUCAUCUCUCCCGCCGCUCUGUCUUACGUCCUUGGUCUCCGCCAUGCCCUGGACGCAGACCACAUCUCCGCCAUCGAUCUCAUGACCCGCCGCCUCAUCGCCUCGGGCCAGCGCCCCGUCACCGUCGGCACCUUCUUCUCGCUGGGCCACAGCACAAUCGUCAUCGUAACGUGCGUCGUCGUCGCCGCCACCAGCGGCGCUUUGAGGGACCGGUUUGACGGGUUCGCGAGAUGGGGCAACAUCAUCGGCACGAGCGUCAGCGCCGCUUUCCUGCUGCUGCUCUGCGCGGGCAACGGUUGGGUUCUGUACAAACUCAUCAGGAGACUUAGGGCCGUGCUUGAGGAGGAGCGCAGGAAGACCAUUUCCGGGCAAGACACAGUCGAAGACGACGAAGGGGACGCUGUGACGAAUCUGAAGCUCGAAGGCGAGGGCUUCCUUGCCAACGUUUUCAGGAAGGUGUUCCGCGUUGUCGAUCGGCCUUGGAAGAUGUUUCCACUGGGAAUCUUGUUUGGCCUCGGUUUCGACACCAGCUCUGAGAUUGCCAUUCUCGGGUUGUCCAGCGUUCAUGGCGCUCAGGGGACGAGCAUCUGGCUCAUUCUCAUCUUUCCUGUCCUUUUCACUGCCGGCAUGUGUCUGCUUGACACCACCGACGGUGCGCUCAUGAUGGCCCUCUACACCUCAAAGGCCUUCGCGCGGGACCGCGUUGCGAUUCUGUACUACUCCAUCGUGCUCACCGGCAUCACUGUCUUCGUUUCAGCCUUCAUCGGCAUCAUCCAGGUGCUCUCGCUCAUCGCAAACGUAGCCGAGCCUGAGGGUGGGUUCUGGGACGGCGUUGACGCAAUCGGGGAGCAUUUUGAUAUUAUCGGUGGCAGCAUUUGUGGCAUGUUCGUCGCUGUCGGUCUUGGCUCGGUUCUGGUGUACCGGCCGUGGAGGGCGCGUAUGGAUCGCAAGAACCAGGAGAGGGCAGCUUUAGCCCCCGCUGAGGAGGAGGCUCUGGAUCCGGCAGAGGGACCCAGUUAUGGUGCUGUUGCGGUCCAAGAUCCCGCUGACAAGAGAGGCGCCGAGGCGAAUGAGAGGGAUUUGAGACUCAUUCAGUAG